AUGGUGUCUGUCAACUCAAUAUCAGAAAAGGACAACGAUGAGGAGCGCGACAUGCCUGAUGAUCUGGUUGAGGAGGACCAUGACGAGAUCAACUCGGAGUACGACGCCGCCCAGCGAGAAUAUCUUGUCCAUCAUCAACAACUGGAAGACUUCCUGUCGCCCAUGUCUCUGGAUGAAGGUGUUCUGUAUCAAUUGGCACGGCGCUUCUCCACCACAUAUAGACACCUGGCGUUGACAUCCGAUCAGCAAUUUCUCCCGACGCCUGUGACUCAGCUUCCUACGGGCCAGGAAACUGGUCGCUAUUUGGCGAUCGAUGUAGGAGGCAGUAACUUGAGAGUUGCAUUUAUUGAACUGCUUGGAGAAGCUGUCGACUCGGAUGUUCGUCCCACUGAUGCCACUGAGAGGUCACAGGAUACCAUCCGAAAAGCUCUGCGUCAGCGCGUGAAGCGAACGUUGGAGCGAGCCUGGCCUAUUCAGGAGCAUUUGAAGAUGGACAAGGCCGAGGAUUUGUUCUCUUGGAUUGGUGAUUGCAUUGCUGAAGUGGUGGCGGAGAGUCUAUCAUCGGACGCAACGAAAAAGGAUAUACCUGCUGAACUUGAUAUGGGCAUCACCUUCAGUUUCCCCAUUAUGCAAGAAUCAUUAGCAGAAGCUACAUUGAUGCCGAUGGGCAAAGGCUUCGCUAUUUCAUCCAACUUGAACUUGGGCAACAUUCUUCUCGAUGGUUAUGAGAAGCAUACAAAGCGACCAGAUGAUGAUGAUGAGCCAUCAUACAAACGCCGCAAGCUAUUUGCAUUGCCCAAAUUGAAGAUCCAAGCAAUCACCAACGAUACCGUUGCCACGCUAGCCUCCCUUGCGUACAAGGUCAAGUCACUACCAAACAGUCGAGUCGCAAUGGGAAUCAUCGUGGGAACCGGCUGCAACGCGACCAUCCCAAUGAAACUAGACGCACUACACGAAUCCAAAGCCAAGAGCGUCAACACAAUGGAACCAAGCGCAGUAGAAACAAUCGUCAACACCGAAUGGACCAUCUCCGGUGCCGCACCACCUCUCUCCGAGUUGAAUGUCACAACAAAAUGGGAUAUUGAACUGGACCGGGCCUGUGCGCGUCCAGGAUUUCAGCCCUUCGAAUACAUGACCGGCGGCCGUUACAUCGGCGAACUCAUCCGCAUAAUCCUCUUCGACUACCUUACAUCAAUCGCCAAGCUAUCUAAACGCUCCCUUCCCGCAAACCUCAUCCAAGAAUACGCCCUGACAACAACCUACAUCUCCGAAACGGUAGCCAAAGCCCGCUCCGACCCAGACCUCGCGAAGGCCCUGAAUCAAUCCCUCCCCCCACCAGAAAGCAGCGACUGGCGCUGGGAACCCCGGACUGCUGGUGCUUUCCGCAAGAUCGCCCGCACAGUACAGAGACGUUCAGCGGGGCUAAUCGCAUCGGCGGUCGUCGGACUACUGGCCUGCGCGCGCGAGAUUGAAUUGAAAGAGGAUAGCAACAGCAACACGCCCGAGAACGCUGCUUCACCGCAGAGCAAUGGCGAAGUCGCUACGCCGGAUGCUACGGUCGCAGCUAAACAUGCUAUUCACAGGCAUGUUGUUCCGGUCCUAGAGACGCCGGCAGAUUGGCAGUCCGGGCCCGAGGAACUGGUUGUUGCAUACACCGGUGGUAUCAUCCAGCAUUAUCCGCAGUUUAAGGAAAUGUGUCAGCAAUAUAUUGAUCGGUUAAUUAUGCGAACUGGCCCGCAGAGAGGGGGCAAAUCUGUUUUCUUGCGGGAGGCCUCGGAUGGUGGUGUUAUUGGAGCUGGUGUUUUGGCUGGUAUGGUUGUGCGCAAGUAA